AUGCUGCACUGGGCGAAGCACUUCUUCGGCAAGGCAAGCACCAGUGCGGCGGCCGCGACAGACGCAAGCGAUGGCGGCACUGGAGAGGCCGUUGUGCGCCAGGAGCAGCCUCGUCGCUCGCGUCGUGGGGCUGAUGUGCCGCCGCUGAAGCGGUGGUGGAUUUCCGCGGAUGCGGAAGACGCCCCUGCCGGUGCGGCACGUCCCUCGCCCCCCGCCUCCCUCACCCUUGCAGAAGCCGGCAUGGAUGGCGACUACGGCUCCCCCGGCAUCCUUGACCUCGCGGCGUCACUAAACUUUGGCGCAUCGGCUCCCGCUGCUGCCGCGGCAGCAGCGGAAGCGCCAGCAACGGAAGUGGUCAGCGCGAGAUGUGCGGACCUGACGACGACGUCCACCGCGCACGCUCACGACAACGACGACGACGACGACGCCGUCGACGACUUCCUGCGAAAUGUCAUUGCCGGCAAGACAGACAUGCUGCGCAAGCGGCUCGCUCAGGAAAAACUCGAGGCCGCCGCCGCCGCCGCAGCAGCAGCCGCUAAUCCUGGCCACCACAACAACAACAGCCCCAGCUGCACUAGCGACGGCGCCGCCUCCAUGGGGAGCUCCAUGCACAUGCAGAAGUCGAUAACUACCGCCACCACCACGACGGGCGCAGCAUUGGCCGCUGGAGGCGCCUCGCCGCAGCACUACCACGCACGCCGGAGUCGAUAUGUCAGCUCUGCCGCCCGCUCGCUGCAGGAUUACGAGCUGAUUGCCUUUCUCGGCAGUGGCACGUUCGCCGAAGUCACGUUGGCGCGCAACAAAGUCACUGGGGAGUACUUCGCCGUGAAGAAGAUCUCCAAGCAGCGAGUAAAGGAGGAGGGCUGCGUUGAGCGCACCUUCACGGAGCGGCAGCUCCUCGCCAAACUGCACCACACCUUCCUUGUGCGCCUCUACCAAGCCUUCCAGAGCCAGACACACCUCUACCUCGUGCUGGACUUCGCGCAGGGCGGCGACCUCUACUCGCUCAACGUGCAGCAGCUGUGGCUCCGCAGCAUGAAGCGAAACCUGGUCAAGAUGCAGUACCCGUACUACCAGAGCACCUCUCGCACCUUCACCCCGGCGCCACCUCCCGCCGCGGCAACGUCGAACGCACAGCAGCACCAGCCCAGGGCAUCCCCCGUAUCUGCACGAGCGGAUGGCGCACAGCGGACGGCCGGACCGGCCCUCCCGCGUCUUCCCUCCUCCGCCACUGUGACACAGCCCACAGAAGUUGUUCCGGAUGUGCAGCGACAGCAACCAAGAGGCAGCAGCGGCACCGCGACCUCGGACAGAGACGCAAUCCUUGCGUCGUCCGCCAUGGUUGGAAGUGUGGGGCCCAGCACAGUCAGCAGUGCCUCUCGGCCGGGCAACACCGUCGCGAACACCGCCACGGGAGCGGCAUUGCCUCUGCCCUCAGCGCGGGAUGGUCGCGCGAGCGGCGUGGCUGAUGGCGCCCAUGAGGCCGCGGCCGCCGUGGCCGUCGAGGAAGAGAUGAAAGAGGAAGAUGCGAAGACGACAGAGUUUGACGGCGCCACGGACAACCACCACAGCAUGGCCGAGGCCCCGCAGUCCGCAGUACUGCAGCGGCAGCGGCAGAGUAUUAGACACGCCCAACCAGGUGCCGCUGACUGCCCUAGCCAGCACCCGCGGCUUGAAACAGACUUGUUCUACUACACGACCGACGCCAUCGACGAGUUUUCCACCAGCCGCAACGUCGGCAGCGGCGGAAGCAGAAGCUCGCCAACGACACCCACCAUUUCACGCACGCCGGAGGCCACAGAGUCUGCAACGACCAAUGCCGCGGCAGCAGCCGGAGACAGUGCUCCGGCUGCGACCCGAGAUGGCGAAGUCGCGUCCUCGACGGCUUCGGUGGCGUCUAGUGGCCGCGAGCGGUACCGGCUGCUGCGGCGGCGCACGCUUCCCGCAGUCGAGCGUGACAGUGGUGCGCGCGGCGGCCUUUCUGUGUCUUCGUCCUCUUCCUCAUCCACUGCUGAUGAUAACAGCAAGGGUAGACGGCGGCGAGAUACCGCUGACAAGGACGGCCGCGGCAGCUCUGCCGACUCGGCGCGGCGGCUAUCGUGGAGGCCGCGAGGCGUGGCGUGCACAGGUCCGGCCACGCAGGCUGAGGCUGCGUCUCAGCACCCGCCAUCCCCUGCGGCAUCCACGCCAAGCCGUCAAACUGCCGCCAGUAGCGCCAGCGGCGUGUCUACCGCGACGAGCAACACCGCACUGCCCUUAGCCACCAGGCCGUCAGACCUCACGACGACCGACUUGGCCACGCCGAAGACGCAGGUGCCACUGCCACGGUCACCUGUGCACUUCCAGUGCGACGAGAGAAGCAGCAGCAGCGGCCACAGCAACAACGGCGGUGGUGGUGUGGACGAGGCACUGCGAGACGACGAAUCGUCUUCGGCGGUGUCGGUGAAGUCCACGCCGUCGCUCACGGCGACCAAGUGGCGGCCGAUGCCGCGCAGAGCCUCGGCGUCUGAGCUGACAGACAUCUUCGCAGUGGCCGCCUCGUCCGCGGCGGUGACGGUGUCCGCGACGAGCGCCGCAGGUGGCACCAGCGCGGCUGACGUGAAGAGGUACAAGACCACCAAGAGCGCGUGGCCGCCGGCCACGGGGGCGGAGCAGCCGCAGCUCGCCAGCGAUAACAGCCACACCGCGACCAGCGCCACGAGUGCGGCGGCAACGUCACUGCCAAGAAGGCAGAAAGGAAAGGCGAAGGUCGUCAGCGACAAGGACGAGGGCAGCGGUGCGUCGCCGCCACUGCACGCGGGCAGCCGCCACAGUCACCGCCGCGCACCCGCAAAAAAGGCGACCGAGUCGCAUGAUGCGUCGGAGGCCGCGGCCGACCAGCGCUCCCUCUCCACGGACAUCACCACCGACGCAGCGAAGCCGCUGUCCGCCACCGUGACGACAAUGUCCUUCGUUGGUGCGACCGCGGUGCAGGACGCGGCAGCCACAACCGCCGCGCUUCGGGUCGAUUUGGCCGCGCCGUUCCACCAAGUUGCGAUGGAGGGUAGCGCGAGUGUGCUGCGGACGCUGCCGAGCACGGUGUUUGCGCCCGACGGGGCGCAUCGGCUCCCGCUGCGGCUCAUCGCCUUCUACGCGAUCGAAGUGGCGCUGGUGCUGCAGUACCUGCACCGUGAAGGUUUUCUCUACCGCGAUCUAAAGCCGGAGAACAUCUUAAUGUGCAGAGAUGGGCACGUGAUGCUGACGGACUUCGGCGUCGCGAAGUACCGCAAGGGUGCCGCAAUUAUGCCAUCAGGCAGCGGCGAAGGCGUGCAGGGCGAGGUGGCAAGCAGCCCCUCCUCGAGUGCGGGUGCUUGCACCUAUGGUAGGGCGAACAGCUUUACCGGCACGACGCAGUACAUGAGCCCGGAGAUGCUGCGUGGGCAACCGCACGACUCCCGCACCGACUGGUGGAGUUACGGGUGUCUGCUGUUCGAGUGGGCGAAUGGGCGCAAGGCCUUCAACACGCAGAACCAGUUCGCCCUCUUCCGCUCCAUCGUAGAGGAGGACGUGAAGAUCACCGCGGAGGACUACCGGCUCACGCUGCUGGAGGUGCACACGCGCGUCGCACAGCUGCACUACCGCGCGGAGGAGGUGCGGCUGGCCUACGAGCAGCGGGUGGCGCGGCGGAUGCGGCGCAGCUUCACGCCCUUGUCGCAGUCCACAAGACCGCAAGCAACGCCGUCGGCCCUCACAGCCGAGGUUGUCUACAACCCCGACAACCGCAGCUUCGAUGUGCAGCUGCGCUCUCCAGCCAUGUCGGCUCUGUCCUUUGCGCAGUCCGGCAGCAACGGCGCCGGCGCAGCGGCGGAGGGGGCGGAGGAAGCGCUGACGGGCAACGCAGUGAAGAGCUGCAUCCCGCAUCCGAAGGAUUCCCGUCAGCUCCCACCGCCCCUGUUGCCGCCGUCCAACGCUGCAGCCACACACAUCACCCCGCACCGGCAUGCCCACCGUCGCCUACACAGUUACAGCUACGCGUCGCCGCACUCCACAGCGACGGUGCCAAAAGCAUCCGUGGCGGUGCUGCUGAACGACUCCUUCGCGAACCAGCUCGGUGCGCUGGGCGUGUCCAGGACUACCAGUGCGGAAGAAGAUACGCAAGGACCGUCGCCGCAGUCGACGCUGAACGACUCCUUUGCCGGCGUGGAAUCCAACUCCGUCGUGUCGCUCUGUGGCGCGCCGACGAACCUGUCCAUGCGUCUGACCACCACCGAAGAUGGCGUCAUCGCUGCGCUGCUCUCGUCCGCCUCCUCGACGGCGGUGCACCUCCAGCACCAGCAACAGCAGCAGGAGCGGCAUCGCCGCCAUCAGCGGCGCCGACUGCGCCUGUCCUGCCUCAACCUAGACGAGGCGACCCGUGACCGCUACAUUGACAACGCCGUCGCGCAGAUGGCUGAGGCUCAGGCACUGCUGCGCGACCUGACAAUGAAGCUGCUGGACCGCCGCAUGGAGCACCGCCUCAGCGGCGAGGCCGUCCUGGAGCACCCCUUCUUUACCUGCCCGUACAUCGUCUCGCAGCUGUACUACGACGUUUAUCAGAGGCGCGUCCUGUCGACGGAGAUGCGCCGCUCCGUGCGCGCUGCCUUCGGCUCCAACAACGUGCCGGUCGACCUCGUCGCGCCAGUGUGGGAUGGGACGCUGCAGCAGCCCACGACGGUCGCCUCUCCGCUGCCUCCGCUGGUGCCAGCUUCCCCGACGCCCUUCGCCACGACGACCACCGCUGCUGCUGCCGCCGCCGCAUCUGUCUCGCACACGCACGACUCCUCUCUGGCGAUUCCGCUGCCGUCGCAGACGCGGCCGGAGGACUGGCGCAAGCUCUUCAUGGAACGGCACAUCCGCGCCCCCUACACCCCGCGGCUGCGCACCCGCGACGACCUGCGCUACUUCCCGGCUGCGGUGACGGCGACGGGCCUCUCCGCCGCAGUGGAGCAGCACCGCCGCAUCAAGGAAGUGAAAGAGCAGCAGAAGGAGCUCAUGAUCAUGCGCGCCAACAAAGCAACGGCGACCGCCGCCAACAACAGCUUCGGCAGCGCGACCUUCCCAGCAACCCUGUCCUGCCCAAACACGCAGCUGCCGGCGAACGGCAGUGGCAGUGGUGGUGGCUCCGUCGUUCUUGUGCCCCUCGAUGCGGAGGCGGCGCAACAGGUGCAGCAACUUCUAGUGGCGAGCGCCAGCAGUCUCAGUUUGCACAAUCGCGAUGACGCCUCUCCUCUGCCUGAGCUCGACCCCGACGGAGCAGCAGCCGUGCACACCGAUGGCGUGAGAGCCGCUCUGGACGUGUCCCACGCGGCUGCCGCACCGGUCGCGCUCACGUCUUCUGGUGCUGCUGUAGCGGUUUCCACGCCGGCUGCCAGCUCUCAGGGGCUGACCGAGAAGAUCCAGAGGCUGCAGCUGCCCGCAGUGGAGGUGAUAGGAGCCGUCACUGCUGACCUUGGCGCUGCUUCACCGUCGCACAAGCAACUGGCCGAAGUGACGGCGCAGAGCUCCGCGACCGGUGAUGCCCGGAGGUCAGACCUCGCGGAAGAGGCGCAGCUCGACACGGCGGCGACGACGGCGGCCGUGGAGCUCCCAUCACGCAUGUGGGAGCCGCAGCUAGCGGGGCAUUGCUCAGCCGGGACGGGCUCCGCGAAGGCAUCUCCUAUGGACACGGCACUCAGCGUGGGCAGCGGCAGUGUGAUGACGUCAGCGGCAGCUGCUGAAUUUCGGCCAAACCUCCUUGACCGCGCCGCGACGCUGCCGCAGAGCUUCGUGGAUGCCGCGCUGGCGGUGGCGGCGGCGGCAGCCCAGAAGCAGCAGCAGCGCCCCGCAGACUCCGGCACUGCUCCGAAAGCCCUGAUCGCUGCCCCUGUCGAGACUCAGUGCAGCCGCACUGGAGCCGUGGCAGCGGCCGAGACAGCUUGCGCCUCGGCCUCCACCGACGUGAUACGCAGCACCGGCGCAGCGAGAAGCACCUUCGCGGCAACGCCACCGACUUCACCUGAGGCUCUGCCGCAGCAGGAGCCGGCCAGGGUAGAUGGCGCCGCGCCCAACAGCUGUGUACUGCCCGCAUUCCGCGAGAUGGCGUACGCUGCCGACGGCCGUGCCGACGGGCGACGGAGCGGAGCGCUCCCAGCAUGUGGUGGCGUUGGUGCACACAGUACGGCAGACGCGGAGGCGGUCGUGGAGGACGCGGAGAAGGCACACGCAGAGGUGCUGGUAGACGAGGGCGAGGACCAUGAUGGCGGUGGUGGUUACUAUGAGCAGGAUGCCCUCGCCGAGGACGACGCGCACGCGGUGGACGGCGGCGAUGAUUCCACGAUCGUGGAAGAGACAGCGGCCGCAGUUGACAUGACGAGCGAAACAGAUGCCAUCACGGCUGCCGCGGUCAACUCGACGAUGGAAGUUAGUAGCUUCGAAGACUCCCAUGCGAGCGUACGGCUGCCGACGCCGACGCGACGCGGCACGUUGGUCAAAUCGUCGGUAGUCGUCAGCAGCGCCGGCACAAGCGGGUGGGGGAGCAGCGCUGCAAACCCACUCUCUCCCGGCGUCGGCAGCGUCGACGCGGAGGCCGACAGUAACAACAGCGUCUGCCGCCGCGGCAAUGUAUCAAUCACCGGUCCGCCUCCCAUCGUGCCCAUGGAGGUGCCGCCGACUGCGAACGCUUCCCCUGACCUGCGCAGCCACUCGCGCAGGUCGUUAGGCAGCGGCUCCGCACGUCCCAUGCACGGCCCUCUGAAGGAGGCACCUGUGUACGCGUCGCCGCUGCUCAGCCACAGCGGCGAGAUGCACUGCGACCUCAGCGCCUUUACAAUGUCGCCGGUCUCCUCCAUGACCACCAUGCUCCUCGAAGACUCGCAGCGGUCGCUGUCGACCAGCCUCGGCCCCAGCGGCGCUGGCGGUCCGUGCGGCACCAGCAGCGCGUGGGCGACGCCAUCGUCUGCCGACACGCAGGUUCCUGAGCGGGAGUAUCAACGCCGAGUCUACCAUCAUCGCCAUCCGCUAUCGUACACCGACGGCAGUGGAAACCAAGCCGUGCCGGGUGUAUCACCGCACAUGCUACCGUUGCCGCCGUCCCUCGCGCACUGUGACGAGAGCCAGCAGCAGCCCCCAGAAAAGCUUUUGUCCGCAGCGACGUCCUUCGAGAACGCCUUACUUCCAGCAACCACCUCGUUCUCCAGCACCACCAACACCACACCCUUGGGAACGAUCAUGAUGAUCCAGUCCGCUGAGCUGACGGGCGUUGGCCGAUCGCUUAGUGCCGCCACCACCGCAGCAGGUACCGCAAGUGACGCCGCGCCGUCGUGCACCGCGUCGCCAGCGGCGCUGCAGGCGCUGGCGGCCUUCCGUGACGGUACCACAACCGUCGGCGGUGUCGAGGCCUCGUCCGAGAGCCCGUGCGGUGGGGAGCUGCAUAGCGCUGGUGCUGCGCGCUCAGGCGGCCCGCCGAUCCCGGCCGCAUUCUCCGCCGUGGAGCAUCGUGGUGCACGCCCAUCAAGUGCAACUGCGGCUGCGGUCACAGGAAUGGCAAGCAUGAACGUCAACCACGGCGUCGCUGAUGAUGACGACAACCACGAUGUGGGGAUAGCGAACGAGGCGGGCUACGAGAGAAGCGGUGGUGAGGAGCACAGCAGCGGCGACGACGACGGCAGUGACACGAUGACCAACUCCGGCAGCGCAAGCGAAGGGCAAGACGAGGGCGAUUGGAAGAGUGACGCCAGUGAAUCGGUUGAUUUUGCACGGCGACCGACGCCGUCCGCGCCAGCCAGUGCACGUGGUGAGAACGUCGCCGGCAGUGAGCGCAGCGCGGGCGCCGUGUCGUCGCUGCUGGACUCGUCUGCGUCCUCCAUCUCCACGACGACGUCCACUUCGGUACACGCCUUGUCCGUGUCCUCGGAUGCCUCCUCGACAAGCUUGCAGGGUGACAACAACAGGACUGCCGCGAUGUAUCCCACAGCCAUUCGCCCACCAAUGGCACUGCUGGCCGGGGCCGACCGUGGCGGCGAUGGCGACCCCUCCGGCACCAUCAGUGAGCGCCCACAACGCGGUGACACCGUCUCCCUGUCUCCGUACGACACACCGUGGUCGUUCGACGCUCGUAUCGGCAGCUGCAGCGGUGGUGGGGAUCACUGUCGCCGCGGCAGCGACCAGUGCAUGCUGCAUCGGUACGCCCACCUCGGUUGCGACGCUGCACACGGUGGUGUCGGCACGAGCAUGCCCUUCACCACUACCGUCACGUCGGUGGCGGUGAACCCGACCAUGUACGCGACCCUCUCCGCUAACACGCCGCUGUCCGUGGGCAGCAGCAGCAGCCGGUUCUUCAGCGCCGCGGGCGGCUCCUCUCUCAGCCUCGACACGAUCGGUGGCGGUGCUGACGACGCCGCAGGGUUUUGGGGGCCGCUCACGACCACGCUCUCUGGUGUCGCGUACAACAUCGAUGACGAGGCUAGCAUGAGCACCUUUGCAGCGGCGCCGAUGAUGCCGGCCGAAGGCAGCGAUAGCGACAGCGGCGCCGCAUCGACGCCGCUAUCCGGCUACGGCGGACGUGGUCAGGGCGGCAAGGAUGCCAUCGGGGCCACCGCCAGCAGCGGUGCCGGCAGUCCUUCAGCCGCGGGCCGCCGACGAGGCGUGCAGGCGAUCUGGGCCAAGCAACAACGCAAGCGAAUCGCACGCGAACUACAGCAGCAGCAGCAGCAGCGGCAGCAGGAACUGGAUCCCUCGGCGGCAGCGUCGCUGCUGUGCGAGGCUGGCGCUGAAAGCGGUCGUCGUGGCAUCAGUGACAGUGGACGAUGGUGGUCGUAUCGGUCCAAGCACAGCAGCAACGACGCCACCAUCUCCUCUAAAGGCAACCUCGUCGACCUCACCUCCAACGACGGCUGUGCUGAGCCGCAGCACCGGCGGAUGCACUUGGGCGUGCCGUACGACCGCAGCAUCGGCGACGAUGACAAGUACAAUGCAGCAGCCGCGGGGCGGUGCGGUAGCCCACUGCAGCGGCAGUCCUGUUCCGUAAAGAGCGGCGGUGAACAGGGCCGCAGUGAUGGUCGAGGUGGCAAGAGAGACCACCAGAACUCGGCCUUGAAAAGCAGCGGCAACGAAGGUGGUGCGGACGGCCGGGCCGGUGCCACUGGCGAGGGCGGCAGCGGCGGCUUUGACCACUUCCAAAACUUUUCUUUCACGUCUCCACAGCUUCUUCAGCAUUGUCUGGCCUCCUCCUCCUCCUCCUCCGGCGGCGGCGGCGGUGACGUUGACGAGGGAAGGCGACGUCCGCACUACCAACGACUUCGUCGUGGUCGCCUGGGCGGUGGCGACUCUGACAGAGAACCCUGA